AUGGAGACGCACAGCCAAACACAGACGCUUCAGAUAAAACUACUGCCGGCCAAAACGGCCGAGGAACGGGCGCGCAAUAUCAUAGCCAAUGUGGUGGUGGAGGGCCAGCAGGCGGCGCUGGUACCCUAUAUUGAUGAGCAAUUCAAUGGGAUCGAGAAAAUCACAUUGCUGACCUCGACGUCAUCAGCCGUGGCGCCACCGCCCAAGGAACAGCCACGUCUACGCUACUAUGCCGUUGGCCCUUCCACCUACAAGGUGCUCUGUCCUCUCUGCAAGAAGCAGAGCAAUGCAGCAGUGAUGCGUGCCGCAGGCUGCAAGGACGCCAGCUGCUGUCUUAGUUUGCUGUCCUGCAUUUUUCCGCUCUUCUGGAUCUGCUGUAUUUGUACGUGGUGCGGCUGUAAUCGUGAGUGGACCACAAAGGGCGUCUAUUGCAGUCGCUGUGGCGGCAAGCUGGGCAUGCAGCGCAAGGCCAAAUAAUUGGGCGUGCAUUCCAAUCACCGAAAUGAAAAUUAAAUGAAGCCAAACAUAUUUGUUAAAAUUCUAUUACGUAUUCUAUUGCUUCUGCCUAACUCAAUUAAAUACGCACAUUAACGCCUGACCCCCAA